UUAAGUAAUUUCGACUGAAGCAUAAUUUUAGAUACUAUAAACCUCUUCAUCUUAACCUGAGUUACCCAGUAUCUCAAUUUUAUAUCAGAAGGAACAUUUACAGGAAUUUGAUGGCACCCUCGAUUCUAUAUCACUGGCAGCAACGUGCGCUUUCAAUCGCAGAGGUACACUCUUGGCGGUGGGAUGCAAUGAUGGUAGAAUAUUUAUAUGGGAUUUUCUAACCAGAGGAAUUGCUAAAUCAAUAUCGGCUCAUGUGUACCCUGUUUGUAGUCUUAGUUGGUCUAGGAAUUGUAAAAAGCUCUUGUCAGCUUCAACCGAUCAUAAUGUAUGUAUAUGGGAUGUCCUAUCAGGUGAAUGUGAACAGAGAUACAGAUUCCCAACACCAAUUCUGAGGGUUCAGUUUGAUCCAAGAAAUAACAGACGUUUCCUUGUAUGCCCAAUGAGACAUGCUGCACUACUUGUAGAUACAGAGGGUGAACAUAAAAUAUUACCGAUUGACGAUGAUGGUGAUAUAAAUGUUAUAGCUUCGUUUGACAGAAGAGGCGAUCAUGUCUAUACAGGAAAUGCAAAAGGAAAAAUACUUAUUUUAGACACACAAAAAUUAGGAAUCAAAGCAAGUUUUAAAAUAACUGUUGGUACAUCCAGUACUACCAGUAUAAAGAGCAUAGAAUUCGCUAGACGAGGAGACUGUUUCCUAGUAAAUACAUCAGAUAGAGUAAUAAGAGUGUAUGACACAAAAACGGUACUGAAAUGUGGAAUAAAUGGUGAACCAGAACCCAUACAAAAAUUACAGGAUCUAGUCAAUAAAACAACAUGGAAGAAGUGUUGCUUCUCUGGUGACGGCGAGUAUAUAUGCGCGGGAUCCGCUCGGCAACAUGCGCUGUACAUUUGGGAGAAAUCUAUUGGAAAUAUAGUGAAGAUCCUCCAUGGAACCAAAGGGGAACUGCUAUUGGAUGUAGUGUGGCAUCCUAUACGGCCUAUCAUAGCUAGCAUAAGUGCUGGCGUGGUGUCUAUAUGGGCACAGAACCAGGUGGAGAACUGGUCCGCGUUCGCGCCCGACUUCAAGGAGUUGGACGAGAACGUCGAGUACGAGGAGCGCGAGAGCGAGUUCGAUGUGGAGGACGAGGAUCGCUCCGUGGACCAGGCCGGCGACACCCACCACGACGAGGAGGUCGACGUGGACGUAACAACAUGCGAGCCUGUAGCGGCAUUCUGCAGCUCCGACGAGGAAGGUGAAGACGAGAACGUGCUGUCGUUCCUUCCAAUCGCACCGGAAAUAGAAGACCCCGAGGAUGGGUGGGCGGCGACACAGGAGACUGUAACUCCCACGGAAACUCCCGAGAAACUGGAGCCCGCCGCCAAAAGGCCCAAGUGCAAGAGUUACGACAUAUCGCUCAAGAUAACGCCCCCUGAACAACCGUUGGCAUUUGGCGGGAAAAAUAAACAAGCGGCUGGCAAUAAAAAAGUUGCGGGUAGACCUAGAAAAUAAUAAAGUCAUUUUGCUAUUCUAACU